UCUUUUAGCGUGGUAAAAGCCUUUGCAACGUAUUUCGAGGAAAAUUCUGCGUUAUACUCGUAUCACUUACUCGUUGUAGUGAUUGAACAUAUUAUAAUAUUUUAUUAUUUUCAAGUCGACAUUGCAUAAUAUUCGAAAAAUAACUUUUACAUGGCUGAAGUAUUCGGGAAAUAGUAUCAGAUGAGUGUCUUUUAAGUGGCUGAUAUUCCAUUGGAACAUUUAGUAGAUGAUGGAAUCUCAAUUCACGUUGGUGUUCAUCGUUAGUUUUCUGUCACUGGUGCACGGGUACACGCCGACAUUUCGCAAUGAAGCAACCCACCCUCUUAAAGCACCGACCGAAAGUACGCUGCAAAUGAACGAGGAAUCAUCCGGCCGCACCAAUAGCAACAUUCAAAAACACGACACGUAUUUCUCCGGCGGUAAACAUUUCGAAUACAUGCUGCUAAAUGGUUCAAAUGUAUUGUUAACCUCGUUACAAAACGACAGCCCGUACGAUAAUCCAGCAGAACAGGUGGUUUCGCCAAAACCUGAACUGUUUACCAGACCAGACUUCACGAAAAAUAACUCCUUGGUAGAAAAUGUGUCGAGAAAUAAAACUUAUUUAGUGACGAAACCAUUAAACGCGAGCAGCUCUUGGAAUAAGACUACCCCAGUUCGAAAUAACUUCACCGCAAUAACGAAAUUAAAGAGUAACCACAACUCGACGUGGUUUUCAGUCAACACCAUGCCAGAACAAAGUGUCACCAAGUUUUCAGUUAGGAGACCGGAUUUUCGUAAAUUUGAAAAACCCAAUAUUAGUUCUCCAACUAGACUGUAUUCGAGAUCCGAAAACAAAUCCAACGAGAAUUUCGCCUCUUUUACAUCGCCCAUUGUGGCGAAACCAGUAGUCAGCAUUUACAGCGACGGAAGUAUACCGGAAACGGAGGAAAAGCCGGCUCAAAAACAAUCCUACGAUUACGACGAUUCGUUUACAAAGCUUUUAAUUUCAAAUGGUAUUCUAAAGCCGGAUAAUAAAGAAGGUUGGAGAAGCGUCGCAGAUUCCAGUUCAUCUUCAGUUCCACCAUCCACCGAAAAAAUGUACUCCAAGGCGCCGCCGAAGAAGUUCAACGCUAGUGGUGUCACAAACACGCCGAAUGACACAUUCUCGUCAACUUACACGCAUAUUUUAAAAGAUCGUAUCACAUCUGUAGACCCUGGAACUGUGAUGAGUUCGCAGAACGUCACCAAAGCUCCAGAAAGUAUAUGGAACAGUAACAAUGUAACUCACUUACCCAUCGCAAGCCAUGAUCAGGAUCAGGAACAAUCGACUAAAGACGUAGCUGCCGUUGAUUCUAUGCCAGCUGGUAUUCCAAAUCUGCAAGAGCUUUCCACCAAAUCGAGCGCCGGAAUAACAUCGAAUUCUGUUGGAGAUCUGAAUGUGGACGAAUCGCCUCGCGAAGCAUCUGCCGAAUCCAACACUCUAUCCAUUAUCACUAACAAACCGCGCACCAAUGUUGAAAAACAAAACAAAAUCCAAGAAACUUACCAACCAUUGAAGAAGUACACUUUACCGAUAGUGAAAAAGAACUUUUUCCCCGACACGAUGAUAUUCAAUGAUUUGGUACAAAAUGAAAAUUCUGCAAAGCCUUUCAACGCAAAGAACUUGACUCGAGAUCAACCGGUAAAGAUAUCAGUGAAAUCGUAUUCCAAUAAAGUUGAAGAUUUGUCAAAUGAAAGUUACCCUCCUAUGACAAAAUUUUAUCAAAUUCCUAGCUCAAAAGUGAUCGAUGAUAAAAAUAGAAUGGCAGAUUCCAAAAACAAAACAGCAAAAGAAUUCCAAAAUUUGGUGGAAAAAUCUCUUCAACAACUAUUUUUACCGGUAGCGAAAUUUUUCAGUAAUUACAAAGAGAAUUUACCCGGUAAUACGCAUCUCGAUGAUAAAGUUAAAAAUUUUAAAAUAAAUAUCGAAGAUUCGAGAGAUGUGAAAGUUACUUUGAAAAGUUUCACAUUUACCAAUCUCGUUGAAGUAUUGCAAAAUAAAUCAAAAAAUCGUAAAUCAAACGAACCGCAGCUACUGAGAGUCGAUCGUGAUUUAACUGAUAACGAGCCUCAAGAAACUAUUUUCAAUUGGACUGAUCUAAAUAAUGGCAAAAAUGUCAAUUUAGAAGACACCAUCAAUGAAUUAUUUUCAGAGGACGACGAUGUUCACUGGUUCGUUCUUCUUUUGGCUGGAAAUUCCACAAUAGCCGAAAUGAGAAAAGAAGAUUUUGUAAAAUACCUAAAAGUGAAUCUAGCAGCCAGAUUAUCAUUAGAAUACAAUGAUAUUAGAAUAAACGCUAUUUUAGUAGUUCCUCCAAAUCUAAUGGUAAAUGUUAGUUUACCAGCUAACGAAUCCCCUGUAAAUGUUAACGAAGAAGUAAAUGUAGAAGAGCAUCAAAAAAUCGGUUCCAUUCACGAAUUAGCAGAAACAAACGCUACUUUACUGGAACUAUCGGGACAAGAAUAUCACGUAGUGCAACUACUCUGCUUAAAAUCUCAACAAUCUGUACAGAACAGUUUGCCUCAAACAGCCAGAGUAAUAGAUAGGAAACACGACGACAUCGAAUUCUAUAUAUUCCUUAUCGUAGGAGCUAUUUGCAUGUUCGGAAUGAUAAGUCCUCUUUUGUACACGCUUUAUAAAUUAAUACAGAAACGUUUAACGACGUAUACUUUCAAGAUCCCAGAUGUAUUUCGUGAAAAAAUUAAACCACCUCCGCACGAAAAAAUCAACGAGUCGACUUGCGAAUCACUAAACGUGAUAUUUUCUGAAGAUUUCGAUCGGAAGUAUUCGUCAACGUCGUGGUUCGACAACACUCAACAUUCUAGUUCAAUAUUAAAACCUAGCAGCGAAGUUCCUCCGGCAUUUUUCGUUCCUAAAGACGAAAGUUUCACUGAUUUCUGUGACAUAACACGUAAUCCUAUUGAAAACAGUCCACGCUUGAGUAAAGAAAAUAAAUUAAAUAUGCUCGGUUGCCGUCCAUCCUGUGUACUCUUACCGCAUCAAGGUAGAUAUCAAAUUGAUACCGAAUACGAUCCAGAUAAAUAUUUCGAUAAUCCGAAUUACAGCCACGAUGCGCGAUGAAGAGUGGUUUUCAUAGAUUGUCUUCCAAAGCUAGGUUGUUAAGGAAAUAGAAGAAUUUUAUUAUUAGAAAAGAUUUCUCUAGUAAAUUGGUAUUUAACGCCAUUGUGUUUAAUGUUGUAGAAUAUUUUUUUUUUGUUCCGUUGUUAAUAAUUUUAAACUAAAAGUUUACAUUUUUUUGAUAAUAUUGUCUUUGUGUUUCUCAGUACCAAUCGUCCAAGACGAAUCGUCCGUUUUGCUUUAUUGUUAGUUUUGUAAUUAUUUUCAAAUGCAAAAGCCUUAGCAUGCGGCUAAGAUAUGAUUAAAUGGCGACAAAAUUAAUAAUAGUGUUAUAAUUCAUUAAAUUUAAAUUCUUCAUCUUUUUUAUAUAAAAAUUUAUUAUUACCUAUUAUUAUAUACCUAUGAUUUUUUUAAUGUGAAAUUUACGUAACGGAAUUGUAAUGGAUCGCAAUUGUUUUCAGGAUUGUCUGUAUGACGUAUUGAUUUUUGGAGUUCUAGAUUCAUAAGUUCAUUAUCUAUAUUCCAUUUUCUAUAAAUAUUAACAACGUUCGUAUUAAAAAAUCUAACAUAAUAGAAACAUCUGAUAGAGAUUUAAGUUGCAAAAAUAUGUAAUUUAUACGUCAUAUUGAAUAAAAAUAUUUUCAAAAAUAGUA